UUUAACCGGAAGUAACACAUGUCUGCAGGAAAAGAUCCUAGAAUGAAUUGACAGGUAGACCUUUUAUUUUGUUCUCUCGCUCUACCUGUUUCUUCUGACUAGUUUACCGAGAGACCCCGACGUGAAGGAUAUUUACACCGAAGUUGGGGAACUAGGUCUAAAAUGGCAGAGAAGGUGCUGGUCACAGGUGGAGCUGGCUACAUUGGGAGUCACUGUGUGAUUGAGCUUAUAGAAGCAGGUUAUCAGCCUGUUGUUGUAGAUAACUUCAGUAACGCUGUAAGAGGAGAGGGUGAUGUGCCAGAGAGCAUACGAAGGAUAGAGAAGCUCCUGAACACCAGCAUUGAGUUUCAUGAAUUGGAUCUUUUGGAUCAACCUGGUUUGGAAAAACUCUUCAAAAAGCAUUCCUUUAGUGCAGUGGUGCACUUUGCUGGACUGAAGGCUGUUGGAGAGUCGGUGGAGCAGCCUUUACGCUAUUACAGAGUCAACCUCACUGCCUCCAUGAACCUGUUAGAGGUGAUGCAGGCUCACAAGGUGCACAAUCUGGUCUUCAGCAGCUCAGCCACAGUGUACGGAGACCCUCAGCAUCUUCCCAUUGAUGAGCAGCACCCUGUGGGUGGCUGCACCAACCCUUACGGCAAGACCAAGUACUUUAUUGAGGAGAUGAUCAUGGACCACUGUAAAGCUGAGAAGGAUUGGAAUGCAGUGCUGCUCCGCUAUUUCAACCCAAUUGGAGCUCAUUCAUCUGGCCUGAUAGGAGAGGACCCUCAGGGUAUCCCCAACAACCUGCUGCCAUAUGUUGCUCAGGUUGCCAUUGGGAGAAGACAGUGCCUCAGUGUUUUUGGGAAUGACUAUGACACACCCGAUGGCACAGGUGUGAGGGAUUAUAUCCAUGUUGUAGACCUGGCGAAGGGACACAUAUCAGCUCUGAAGAAACUGAAGGAAGACUGUGGAUGCAAGGUUUACAACCUGGGAACAGGGAGAGGCUACUCGGUGCUCCAGAUGGUGAAAGCCAUGGAGAAGGCAUCGGGAAGACAAAUCUCAUACAAAGUUGCCCCGCGAAGAGGGGGAGACAUAGCAUCCUGCUACGCUGACCCAUGUCUUGCAGAGAAGGAGCUGGGCUGGAAGGCCCAAUUUGACCUGGAAAUAAUGUGUGAGGAUCUUUGGCGCUGGCAGUCCAUGAACCCCACAGGUUUCUCAAAUGGUACAGCUUCAUGAUGAAUUUCCAGACUUGUGUUAUCAUCAAACAUUCUGCUACAUCAUAGGGCCAAAGGGAACCAUACACUUCCUCAUCUUUGUAUAUCGCAUUAAACAUUAAACCUGAAGAGAAGCCAUAUGCUUUGUUUUGUUAUGCUUAAUUUUCCAUUUGUUCUAUAUUCUCAAUGGUACUUUAAAAUUGUCUGUCUGGUUUCUCUUUCUUCUUAUUUCAGAUAAGCCUUUUUCUUUACUCUAUGAAUGUACUGAUCUGUGAGCCAUGACAAUAAAAGAAUAAACACAUUUUCUUACUGAAGGUAA